AUGAUUCUGUUACUACUCCUUAUCGUUGCCGCACAGUCAUACUCGGUCACGUACAUCCUUUUGGCGGGACCAAAGAAGUCCAAAAUGAAAAAGGCGCUUUUGCGCUCGAUGCGGGAUUUCUAUGUUGCACUUGAAAACCUACCUUCUGAUGUUGAAAUUAAAAGUAUAUACAUGGUAAAGGGGUGUUUACAAGACUGUGAUUUUCCCGACUAUGACCGAGUAAUCCGAACACUUCAAGUCCGUUUUCCAAACAUAAACAUUAUUCCUUAUUGGCCUGAACCACCUUUAGAGGAAAAAGUUUUAUUUGGGAAGUGGUUUAAUGACUACUAUUCAACACACUUUGCACGUGUACAAGUUUGGGAUCAGUACUUAUUGAAGAAACACCUCACAAUCAAUUUUUACUUUUAUUCGGCCCUUCUCAACGCCUUUAAUAACAACCCAACUGAUGUUUACAUCUACGCAGAAGACGACCAAACAUAUGCCCCAAAUACAUUCUCAACUGUGAGCGAGUUGAUGAAGAGACCUGAGAUCAACAAGACAGCUAUCCCAAGAUGCUUCUCGAAGAUAUCACUAACAAAUGGCCAAGCCAAUAGAAAUGUAUCACAACUGAACUUAACUCAAGAAGAGGUCUGGGGGGCUUUUGGGGCCUUUAGAAGCAGCGAUGAAGCAAAACUCUUUUCAAGAAUAUUGAAGUUCACUAAUUAUCAUGAUACAGAAGAUUGGCUCUCCCAGGUGUUUUGUAUGUGGAUUGGAAGGCCGAUAAUCGACGUCAACUGCGUUUCGAGACACUUUGGAAGAGACCGGAAUAUGCCCAAAUAA